CAGUGUCGCGGCAGCUCCCAUGCCAACGCCAUGCACAGCAGUUGGCUCGCAAAACGCUCCCGGCCGCAGGUGCGUACGAGACGGUGGUGCGGCCUCCUCGGUACGGUGGCCUAGCUCCGCCGAUCCUCUCGCACGCCAGCCGUGCAUUCUAUUUCUGGCUCCGGCUCCGCUCCGAGACACACAGAGAGAGGCAGAGCCGGCGGCCGAUCAGGCAAGCAUACGACGCGUCCCCAGCCACCUAUCGUCGUCGACGUCGUGUGCCAGUCAUGGAGGCGAGAUCGGCCAUGAGCUGGUACUGCGGCUCCCUCCUCGCCGUGGUGGUGGUGCUGUUCCUCUCGGCCUCCCUCGGCACCGGCGCCGGCGCCGGCGCGGACCUCAAGGGCUCGUGCGCCGCGACGCCGCACCCGGACGUGUGCGUGAGCGCCCUCCAGAAGGACUCGGACGCCAAGGCGGCGGCCACCCCGCGCGACCUGGCGGAGGCGGCGAUCCGCGCGGCGUCGGCGGCGGGGUCCGCGGCGGGCGACUACGCGCGGCGCGAGAUGGACGCCGUCAAGGACAACGGCAUGUGGCAGUGCCUGAACGAGUGCGCCGAGGACAUCGAGGAGGCGCUCUCCCACCUGGACGACUCGGACGGCGAGAUCGACGACGGCAAGAUGAAGGACGUCAAGCUCUUCCUGGACACGGCGGAGCAGGACGUGUGGGACUGCGACCAGAGCUGCAGGGGCGCCGCCGACACCCCCGUCAAGACCGCGCUGCUCGCCAAGAACAAGGAAUUCGAGAAGCUCAUGUCCGUCUCCCUCGCGCUCAUCAAGCGGUCCACCGGCGCCGGCGCCGGCGACGCGGCGGGGCCGGCCGCCGCAGCGUCCAAGCCCAAGCACAAGUCCAAGACCAAGCCGUGAGAGAUCGAUCGAUCUCCUCGUAACCUUGCUAGUAAUAUAAUCAACUGAUUCGCGCGCGCCAUAUAUAAUGUUUGCUGUAGCCUUGGUAUAUAUAUAUUGUGUCACUAUUAAUUAAUUCGAUUAGCUUGCUGCCAAAAUCAUUCAUUUGUCUUGACAUGUGAUGCGUGCUAGGAGGGUGCUUGAUGUUUAUCUAGUUCAUGCAUUGUGUAGGAAAAUGAUUAUUAGAAAUAAUAAGAAAACAUUAAGCUUCA